AUGAAAUUCAGAACCUCUGGAUUGAAAAGUACGGCGUCCUACAUGGGAUCUAUGCUACAUGCUUAUCUAGUCUUACCAGUGACCCAAGUAGACUUCCAGGAUGCCUCACCGAAGAUCAGUAAUCCGCCUAGUUUGGAAGACCACUGGGACUCAGAAGAUGAAAUUCCAUUAGCUCAGUUGAUCGAAAAAGAAGCACAAUGUCUAAAUAACUCAUUCGCUAAAGAGCUCAUUACUCCCGAUAUGCAGCCAGUUAAAACCAAACCACGAAAAAAAGCCCUGAAUUAUCGAGCUCAGGAAGUAAAAAGGGAUGUUUUUAAAGAUCCCAGUUCUAAAAAAAUUAAAACCAGUGAAUCAAGGAAAUCGACUGAAUUGCCGACCACUAGCAGAGCUGCUAGAGAAGAAGACUGGAUGUGCUCCGUUUGUGAUAAGGCCUUUGUAGCUGACAUGCGAUCCUGUGUAUUAUGUGGAAUAUGGGUGCAUGAGGAAUGCGUCGGCCUUACUGCAAAUGACACCGAGGAAUUUAUUUGUCCGCAAUGCCAGCCAUAA